UUUUGUUAUUUUUCGCGCUCUGCCAAAAGUUUCGCGUGUUUUAUUGCCGCCACUGCCCUUUCUAUCCCGGUUUUCAACUGAAAUUUGUACGGUACACAAAGCAAAAAACUAAACAAACAAACAAAAAAUAUCUACGCAAAAAUUGAGAGGGGGAAAACUUAUUAAUAUUUGCUGCAAUUACUUAAAUUGUUUGAAGCCAUCUGUUUUCUGUAUUCCGAAGUUGCCUUUUGUUUGACAGCUUUUGCCAAGGGGGUUACUUUGUUUUGACGAGUUACCAAACUCAAAAUCAAACGAAAAAGCACUUGAGCAAAAGCAGCGGCAGCCAAAGCAGCUAACAAAAUGUCCGAGCCGGCGUCCGUCUGUCACAAGUGCAAUGAGGUCAUCGAGCAGCGCAUCAUCACGGCGCUGGGGAUGACCUGGCAUCCGGAGCACUUCGCCUGCAAGGACUGCCACCGGCCCAUCUCGGAGGCGACCUUCAACAUCCAGGCGGACGAGCCCGUCUGCUCCGACUGCUUCGUGAAGAACUACUCGGGCACCUGCUUCGGCUGCAAGAAGCCCAUCCUGGAGCGCACCAUCAAGGCCAUGGAGCAGUCGUGGCACGAGGAGUGCUUCGUGUGCAACGGUCCCUGCAAGAAGCCGCUGGUGGGCACCUCCUUCUACGAGCGGGACGGCCAUCCCUACUGCCGGGCGGACUUCGAGCAGCUGUUCGCCGCCCGCUGUGCCGGCUGUGGUCAACCCAUUACGGAGAACGCGAUUGUGGCCCUGAAUGCCAAGUGGCAUCGCGAAUGCUUCAAGUGCAAGAAGUGCGGCACUCCCAUUACGGCCAGCUCCUUUGCCGUGGAGGACAACAAGCCCCUGUGCACGGCCUGUUCCGGCUAGAAAUCGGGUCAUCCGCACCCUUAACACCCCGUACCAUUCACUCCGAUAUAUCCAUGUAUAUUAUCUAUUCUUAUGGUAUUUGUAGUAAUCCCAUUUUGUCGAACCAAUCCCCCGAGAACAAAGAAAGCAAAGACGAAGGUCGUGAAAAUGGAAAGUGGAAUGGCAGAUGGAAAAUGGCAAAUGGAAAUUCCAACCCACUGGAGGAAAGGGGAGGAGAAAUUAAAUUUUGUUUGAUGGACAGGAACACGAGAAGUGCAUUUGGUGGGUGGAUGGAUGAGCGGAGUGUGGCGGGGGGAGGUUGUUAAUGCUUAAAAUAAUUGUAAUUCUCCUUAGCUGAUAUACACAUAUAUAUCUCUAUCUCUAUGUCACUCUCACCCACUCCCAAACUACCCACAACGAUCCUCUCUUGAUAUUCUCUUGAUCGUUUUCGUACUGCACAAAGUAUCUGAUAAAUGGUAUAUAAAUAAAAAAAUUAAUCUUGAAUCAUUGUUGAUAUCUCUUACAAAUAAACACAAAACAAACAAAA